AUGGUUUACGAUAUACACCACAGACGUAUAAAUUCUGAUCUGAAUGCCUUUUACACCGAGUGUCAUUAUAAUAAAAGCAGUUCUCACACAAAGACGGAAGACGAGGGCAAUCACGGGAACGAUGACACUCGCUGCUUCAUUCUUUCAACGUUAGCAUCUCAGGGACGUUCCAAAGUACACUGUGUUUUAUGCGAAGACCAAAUGCUCGUGUUCGAUAGAUAUCCUCUAGUGGAUGGCACCUUCUUCUUAAGUCCACGCCAACAUGCGAAAAGCUGCAUAGAGGUUAAAGUGGAAGGGCGAACACAAUUUUUAACAGCAGUUUGUAUGGCUUGUUUGGAGGGUGCGCCUGGUCGUGGAAUACGAUGUCGAUUCUGUAGGCAACUAUGGGAUGGUUCGUCAUUAGUGUUGGGAACUAUGUAUUCUUAUGAUAUCUUCGCUGCCAUGCCAUGUUGUACAGAGAGAAUUAAGUGUAACGCAUGCUUUAAACCGGUGUUACAUCCAACACAACGCCUAAAUUUCUUCAGCGAUUACAGCCACAUGGUACCGUGCCCUCAUUGUCGCACUUUAGACACUCAUUUCGUAAAACCUCUCAUAUACUGUUACGCACGCCACCAGGUGGCGCAAUCCCUUCAAAUGUGGCCAUAGCCCGCGGCCCGCCGCAAGACCGGCCAUCGUUCUCCGACACCGCCUUCUUCAAGAGAUUCGUCCUUGGACUUGGGCCUGCUGUGGCGAGAAUUGGCCGGUCUGCGUUUGGAUGAGUUUUGCCGUUUGCAGCUCACCCGCGCACGAUAGACGUUUCUUAGUUCUUUUUAUUUGUUACGUUGUUAUGCAUUUUAUAUCGCAUUUAAAAUGUUUAUGUUUUUUGUAUUUUACCGCUUCCGCUCAUCCCCUUAACUUGAAUUUGUUGUUUAAGUAACAUUUUGAGUAACGGAACGCGGGAAAAUAGGUUUUUUUAGUUAACUGUUCUAUAAAUCCAUUAUGUUUUUGUUAGUGUUUAGUGUUUACUUAAAUGUUUUAUUAGUUAGAAAAGUUUGUGAUUUAGUACAAUACCUAGCGAGUGAUGAAUCGCCCUUUAAAGUUUUGUGGAAUAAAUAGAACUGCAAAACAGUGAGUAAUUGCAAAUGUUAAAAAGCAAUCGGGAUAUUUUAUAUGUAGGAUUAAUGUAAACGGCUUCUGUCUAAUGGCAGUUGCCUUUUUGAUACAAAUCGCUUACUUAAGUACAGAUUAAGUAAUAUUGCUGUGUCCCAAUAAUAAUAGUAAUAGGCGUAAAUGAUUCGGGGCCACGAACAAGGUGAUUUAGAGUCCCAUGGAUUAUAAGUGGAGCAUGUGUCAUAAGUGAUGAAUAGAAUUUGGGGACGGUCGGUCUCUCAAAGAUAAACACUGCCACUUCACUACACUUGCACUUUUUCAAAAAUUCAGAAACAGAUAACGCGGCGAAGAAGCAGUAGUUGGCGAUAUUGAAUGAAUUCAAAUACUAGUUGAAAUUGAUUUGAGUACAAACCGUUCGUUACUUUUACAAAUUUUAUAAAAUAGAUUUAAACAAUACUGUUGCAAUAAAGGUACUAACUGAUGCUGUUUAUAUGAAUUCGAUUUGGUUACUUGGAUAACAGCGACCGACUUGAUUUACGUGCGUGAGCGUAUCCCAGCAUCCUUUUAAUCUUUAACGUAGCUGUAAAACAGUAGUUUAGCAAUGCAUGAAACCGCUUAGUGAAGAAAUCGGUAGGUCUUCCCGUUUUGUUUAUUGUUAACGAGGGCAAAAUUCACGCGGUCUAACGUUUCGUCAAUCUCCGUGUCGAUUGAUAUGUUUUUAUACUCCAAAAACUUGUACAUAAUCGAAUUCGAAAUUUUUCUAAAAUUGGUAUUAUCUAUGUCGAUUACUUGUAUACCUAAGUCUAGUUGUAGUCGUUUGAUAUAAUUCUAAAAUACGAAUUUAAGUGUAGGUAGUCAUUGAGGAGGCGCGGGCACCCCAGCUGGUGCGAGGACCAAUAGGUGGCUGCCAGAGCUCGACUCGUUUAUUUGAAAAACAAAAGUCAUAACCCAAAAUUACUCCGCAAGUCGCGGUGAGCGCAGCGUCCUCUAUUUUUUUUAACACAGCACGGUUCGGAAAUUUCUUCGCCAAUGUGUCCAGACAGGCAACCGGUUCCUAUUUAGCCUUGACAAUUUUGGGUAAAUACGACAGUUCCUAUACGUUCCUUGUCCUCAUCGAUUGCCACCAAUUUCUCGAUUGUGAGUACCAUUGCACCUUUUGUAUGUGUGGAUCCGUAGACGAAGUUAAUCCAAAGAUUUAAAAAAAUCCGACCGUUGGCUGUGUUCAACAUGUUGAUAAGGCUGUCGUUGCACAAUAUUUCACGUUGGCGCAAUCAGGGUAAGGGUCGUAAUGUAAAGCACCACUGUUGUAAUCCCUCUAUAUAGCUUUUGUUCCAAGUAGAGAUCAUAUUUAUGUCAUCUUACUAUGUGUCUGCUUAUGUCGCUAGUUGUGUUAGUGUUUCUCCACUCACCAUGAGCAUUUUUAGGUGUAGGAUUUACGCGAUAACUAUUGGCUACAUUUACGCAUUAUUGGCCCAUAUUCGUGCAAAGUGCAUUAUUGGAAAACCCCUAUUUUUGGAGUAUAUAUUUUUAUACGAUCGGCAUUUUAAAGUUACGUCUAAUAAUAGUUGUGGAACUGGCAUAAGAGUUCUUCGCCGAUUCGAGGCUUAGCCAUUGAAGUACAUAAGCGUCCAUUCUUUUUUACUUUCUAAUACUUGUCACCAAAUUUUAAAUUCUUGAUGUACUCAGAAUCUGAGAAUGUUACGGUCACAUGACUAGGUAACUGGAACGAAAUUUUUCAUAUUACUGAAGAUAAAAACAUAAGAUAAGUUCCGUUUUAAUGCGUGUCAUUCCUGUAAUUUCAUUAGUUAGCUUUAUGUACUUCACAUUCCAUGAUUCUGAGUGUGAGUGGAGGGGGGAGGAGGAUCUGCACUUAUGUGUAUUUUGGAUAAAACGAAUUAAUUUGAUUCACACCUAACCUGCAUUAUCGUAGGGUAAAAAAACCAACUCGCCGAGGGCCUAAUGCAAGAAAAUUGCACAAAAUUGUCUUUCAUGGUAAACAUGGGCGCUUAUGAAAAUUUGUUCCAUGUCAAGUGUGAUUUUAUAAUAGUAAUAAAAAUUUCGAGUGAUACGAUUAGAAUAGAAUAAAAUUUGCAAAAAAAUGAUCGAUAACUAUGUUUUAUACUGCAAAAUAGUACUUUAGUAUGUAUUAGUCGACUAAGAAAUUCGUAUAUCGUCUUUAUGUUGGCUCAUGGAUGUGUGGGGUCCCCUGCUUUUGCGUUUACGAAGGGCUCACCUGACGACGUUAUUGUUAUCAUUAACGCGUAGCGCCGUCCUUCGUUUACUCCCUUGUCGAAGUACAAAUUUACCUAAUAAAGCUGAGUAAACAACGUUUGGUGUUGUAGUUUGUUGGGUGCCGUUCGAAUGGUGACAUUGGUCUUAAAAUAGCUAAUCGUGGAAUGGCGCCCUUGCUGUUUUCAAUUACACAUAUAUUAUAAUAUUGGAAAGUGUUGAGAGUUGAGAGGGUAGUUUAUGUCUGUUUAUAGUGUACACUGUAGUAGAGUGCAAGUAUGGGGCAGCUGGCACGAAUGGCGAUUUUUUUAGAGUAGGUCCAGCGAGAUUUGUCUUUGAAAAUGGUUGUUGGUGCCGCAUUGUUACAUUGAUAUAAACAAUCCCGGGUAACGAAAUUGCGCUAUCUUCAACGAUUUUUGUUUCACUACGAGCAUACAAAAAAGUCAAGUUGGCUUCAUUUUCAGAGUACAAGUGGCGCAAUAACUUUUAGUUUUACAAACAAUAUUACUAGUGAUAACUGAAUGAGUACAAAAGAUGCUGGCCCAACUUGCUCGCUCCACUUAUUUUAUUAUUAUUAUUACACUUUUUAUCAAAGGUUUAAGCAAGCAAUAUCAAAUUUUGAAAAUGUUUUACCUACUUUUGCUUAUUUCCUUUUAUAUAAACAUUUGUUAUGUUUUACUUGAAAUAUGCGUGUGUUGUUGAAUUCACAAUAAAGGACACUUUACAUUGCUUAGAGGAUUUGGACUAGUUCCCUUAUAAUUUCUACUUUAAAAGUAUGGAUAGUUUAGGAAAAAAAGUAAGUUUAGUAGCACUAAUAGCAAACAAAAACUUAUUAGCAAAUGGAAAAUUUAGUUAAUUUUUUAAUUUAGUUAGAUUAUAUUGUAUUGUUAAAAGUUUAAAUUAAUUCUAUUCAGAACUAGUCUUUGAUUCCCUAAAACUACCGGUGUUUACGUUUCAACUGGGAAACCUUUGAAUUUAAGGGCUACAUAUUUAUUAUUAUAUGUAUUUAAAAAAAUUUAAUAGAAAAAUAUUACAAGUAAGUAGAAUAUUUAUAUGUGAGUGAGUACCUGCAAAAUAUAUCAUUUGAUUUAUUUACCGAAUGUACAAAUUUGACCAAAUUAGGAUAGUUGCUUAAAUUCAAAUGUUUCAUUAUUAAUGUCAAGUUUCCUUUAUUCGGCACGCAUCGCAAACUAAAAACUGUUGUUAAAUCAUUUAUUGUGUAACUACUACUAGAGUACCUAUUUGGAUGUUGCUGGAGAAGUAGAUAAAAAUUCGGCAAAUAACCUCAUAUUUAAUGAUACUUACUGUUAAUUUAUUACACAAAUUCAAGCAUUGAAGGGCAUUGUGAGGUCACCACGAGCUACUGUAACAGAAUGUCGAGCUUUAUAAAUUGUAUGAGUCGAAAUUACACUAGGAAAAUGUUAUUUAUUUAUAAUGAACCAUAAUGGUUUUUCCUUUAUUGUUUAGCUGUAAGAUUUAUAUAUUAUAAAAAAAUUAACUAUAAGUACGUGCUGAAAAUGCAAUGCUCUGCGAGGCAUAGAGUGAGUGAAGAUGUUUAUAUUGAAUACGCGUGCAAAAUUAAUAUCAUUAUAGUAUCUAUGAUAAAAUGAUCGAGCUUUUGACGGCUUUUUAUAUGUAAAAGUAAUACUGGAAAUAAAGAUUUUUAAGAGCAUAAUAAAUAUAAUCAUUAUAA